AUGGCAGCCGAGGCUUAUAGCCCCUCUGGAGGGGGCCUUCUGCCAUCAGUAGGCUUAGGCCUUGCUCACUUGAAUGACUCGGAUAAGCUAAGUAGAUCCUACCCCUCGUCCAGCAAGAGGAGGAGAAGUCAGCUCUCUGAACUCUGCCGGCUUAGAGCGUCUCUGUCUGGGGAGAAAUGGAGUUCUUACUGUUUGUCUUCACUGACAGCUUGUAACAUUUGUACCAGCAAAAUUGGUAACUUGUGGGAUUCUGCCUCCCUCUCCACUUCCACUGGAAGUUCUGCUUCUUGCUCCUUUUUGCAUGCCCUCACUGGGGAGGUAUCCAGCCAACACGUCCGAACGGCCGCACGCAAUCCAAACAAAGCCAUCUUCACCGUGGAUGUCAACACAUCAGAGAUCCUAGUGGCUAAUGACAAAGCCUGCAAGCUGCUUGGGUGUAGUAGUCAGAAUCUCAUUGGUCAAAAGCUGUCCCGCCUGAUAUCCAAAUCCAGUCAAGAAGUUUGGGAAGCUGUGGAUGAGGAGUCCAUAGAAACUGAUGAAUGUUCAUCGGUGGUGUCGGGAACUGUGGUGGAUGUUAUAGGCCAUCUGGAAGAGAAGAUCCCUGUUUCAGUCUGGCUGAGGCGAAUAAGAAGUAAGGACAACCAGUGUUGUGUGGUUGUGCUGGAACCAGUGGAAAGACUUUCAGCUUCUGUUUCCUUCACGGUUGACAUCCCUCCUCUAGGCAAAAAAAUCCCAAAGAACCUCAGGAUCCAGCGAGCUGUAGGCCAGUCCAGAGAAGGUGGCAUGUUUCCUCUCAGUUUAAAUCUGCAAGUAAGCCUUCUGGAGGAGGACCAAGCGGUAGUGCAGAAAGAUGGUGUUCUGCAGACAGAAAACGAAGGUUCUUUCCCAGGCUAUCAUUACUCUGCUACAGUCAUGGUUUAUUCCACCAUCAGUGGUCUUAUUACUGUCCUGUCAGACGGAACCAUCUGUGGCAUCAAGGAUAGUUUUGCUUUAAUGCUCUUUGGCUAUGAGAAGAAAGAACUGUUGGGAAAGAACAUUACGUUCCUGAUCCCUGGUUUCUAUAACAACAUGGAGAGAAGCAGUGACUGUUCUUUGCUAUUACCUCCUCUUGAUGACUCCAUGGGGACAGAGAGUGAGUGCAUCUUUGAAGAUGUUAUUGCCUGCCGUGCAACUGGCUCUGGCUGCUGUAACAAAGUGAAGACGACAUUGCUGCCGAUGGUCUGUCAGGCCACCAGAGAGAGCCUUACCCUGAAAUCUGUCUUGACAGAAUCAGAGCAGUGGAACAGUGUAGAACAGUGGAAGCUGCAGGAUCAAAUUCUGGAAGGCAGCUACACUGGGAAUUGCUGUCACAGAGAUGGUUCACAAUUAAGUAUACUUUUUGAAGUGAAACGUGUAGAACUAAAGGACUCUGCCAUGCUUUUCUGUGUCCGGGUGGUGAAAGAUCUUCUACAGAGCCAGAAGGAAGCUGUAGCAAAGACUCAGCUUUUGCUCUCCAGUCUAGCAAACUCUACCCAGUCUAUUGGAGAUCUUUCUACACAUAGUCUUGGAGAAGCCAUCAGAUCAGCUUCACUGUUUGAGAAUUCCCGAAGAGAUGAAGAGCUUGAAAGAUUAAGGGCAUGUGAGGGAGAAUACGCAAAAAAUUACAACACUCUCAGUCUUAUUGGCAAAGGAUCUUUUGGCUUUGUAUGGACUGCCAGAGGCAAGAAAGAUCAUCAGGAGGUUGUCGUAAAGUUCAUCUGGAAGGAGAGGGUGCUUGAGGACUGCUGGGUAGAUGAUCCUGAUCUGGGGAGAGUUACUCAAGAAAUAGCAAUCCUGUUGAAGCUGCAUCACCCCAGUAUCAUUAAGGUGCUGGAUGUAUUUGAAAAUGAACACUUUUUCCAGCUGGUGAUGGAGAAGCAUGGAUCUGGUCUGGAUCUCUUUACAUUCAUUGAUAAUCAGCCCAACUUGGAUGAGCCAUUAGCGAGCUAUAUAUUCAGACAGCUUGUAUCAGCUGUUGGGUACCUCCACUGUAGAAACGUCCUUCACAGAGAUAUCAAGGAUGAAAACAUUGUCAUUGCUGAAGAUUUCACAAUUAAAUUGGUGGACUUUGGUUCGGCUGCCUACCUGGAACCUGGCAAAUUGUUUUAUACCUUCUGUGGGACAAUUGAGUACUGCUCACCAGAAGUGCUGUCUGGCAAACCAUACCAUGGCCCUGAGCUGGAGAUGUGGUCCCUUGGUGUCACCCUUUACACCCUUGUAUUUGGAGAGAAUCCCUUCUGUGAGCUGGAGGAGGCCAUGGCAGCUGUCCUCAGUCCUCCUCGACCUGUGUCAAAAGGUCUCAUGGACCUCAUCACUGGGCUUUUGCAUCCUGCUCCGGAGCAGCGCACGACUCUCGCAAUGCUAGCAGAGGAUUGCUGGCUGAAGCAGCCAGUGAACCUGGGGGAUUACACCUGGGAGGAGGUAUAUGUCUCUGCUGAGACAGAACGCAGCAGAUUCAGAAACAGCUCUGGGUGAGUGCACACGUGGAGCCAGGCUCCCAGCACCUCGCGCGGAGAGUGAGCCGUGCCUGAAUGCUCCCAGCUGCGAGUGUGCAGAUCCCUGCCGGGCAGAGGCAGCGGCUGGGGGGUGCCGGGGCUGGGGGCUG